GGUAUCUUAGGAAGAAUGGUCAGACCUCAAUAACUAGUGUUACUAAUGGGGUCUAUACUUGUCAGUAUACUAAUUCAACUGGUGGUGUCUCUUAUGCUUCGUUUGCUGUGUUUCUAAGGGCCAGAGAGCCUUCUUCUGGCUCUAGUAAUACUACUUUUCUUUCAGUCCAGUCAAUAGAAUACAGCACUAAUAAUGAGUCAAUCAUAGUUACUUGUGUAACCACAGGAUGGCCAGCAACUCAAGUAGUAUGGAAACACAACAAUGUCCAGCUAUCCCCUGGCAGUGGAUUCACAAUGAACCAAAGAGUAAUGGACAGGGAGCAGUGUACAUACAAGAAUGACCUCAUUGUUGAGAAUUCUGUGAAUCGUAUUGGCAUGUACAGAUGUGAGGUUAAAUCAUUACGUCAUAACAAUGUUACCAUAGAUACCACGGUUGGAUCCGUGACUGUACAAGCAGCGGGUAACAUACGAGUUGCCGUGACGACCCUAGGAUCGCAAGAAGUUGGUGAAUCCUUCACUCUAAACUGCACUGUUAAUAAGAUUAAUAAUGUCUCACUGGGUAUACGAUGGAUGAAAAAUAAUGUGACUAUAGUCUCUGAUAUUAGUAAAGGAGUGAUGCUUGGUAGUAUUGGAGAGGACUCUGAUUCUGUUAGUAGGUUACUUACUUUGAGUCCUAUUAGACUAUCACACUCUGGCCAGUACUCGUGUGAUGCUAUCAAUGGAAGUGCUGUUGAUGGUAGAGCCACUAUUAGAGUGGAUAUUGAUGCUCCCAACUUGCCCCUCUCAUUAGACCCCAGUCCUGAUUUAUCCCUAACAUUAGGAGAGGAGUGCACAUUAAUGUGCUCAGCACUACUACCAGAAUCACUGAGUCCAACUAUUGCAUCAAUAACCUGGUACAAGGACUUAUCUCCUUUCACUGGUAGUGGUGUCACAACUAAUCUAGCUGAGGGAACUUCUAAUCUUAAUCUUGGUAUGGUCCUCUCUGAAGAGGCUGGUAAUUAUACUUGUGUGGCUAAUGUUUCAUCUCCGUUCAUUGAUACUGGGUAUAAUCUCAUUGUGUCUAAUACAACGCUAGUCACUGUGUUAA